AUGGACUGUGGUCCGUUUAUACAACAAUCAAAAGAAGAGUUAGAGAUUCAGCGGCUAUUAAGUUCGACACCUUUUCACAAUACCACAACACCGUUUCUUUUUGGCUUAGAGAGAGGAAUGUUAGAGCAAGAAAGAGAAUUGGGCUCAGGCAAACAGAAUGAUAGAGAAAGAAAUCCUUUUGAAAACGUUGUAUGCUAUUGGGCAAUCUUAUCCAUUCGAUCUUCUGAUCCUAAUAUGCAAUUGAGCAAGUCAAAUCUAGCAAUUCUUCAUCUUGAUCAAACCUUGGAGGAAUUAUUAGGUUCUAGUGUUCAAUUACUCAACGGAAUAAGUGUACUAAAUUUCAUUCAUCCUAACGAAGCAAGACGGAUAGAGAUGGAAAUAGCACAAUAUACAUCUGAAAGAAGAGCAAAGAGCAAGGUGCUACGAUCAAAAUUAAAAGACGAUGAUUAUCAAUUAACCGACAUUCGCUUAGAGCUUACGGGAGAUGGAAUGAUGUUAUGCUUCUUUCAUGCUGUCGAGGGUAUAGAUGAUGAUGAAAAUAAACAAUCUCAGCGUUCAGAAUGUUGUAAGACAAUGUUAAGAAAGAUGAUCGAGACAUCUUCAUCAAAUACCAUCGAAAGACAUUGGAACGGUUUUCCGAAAAAGAUUUUUCAAGUUUUAUCAAAUGUUCCACAAUCGAAUGUUCUUUUUUCCUGGCCACCGCCAAGGUUAUUUGAUUCAAUGCAGCAACAACAGCAUCAUGACCGAAACAAAUCCAAUUCAGACAUUUAUAUGGGCGGCAACAAUUAUUCUGCAAACGAAUUUGCUCGUUUAACAUACCAGUCAACGUUCCAAGAAAGUUUAUUAGCAAGACCUGAAGAAUUGACAACAUGUAAACGAAGUCAAUCUUUAUCAUUCAACGUACUUAUAGAUGGUCUAGAUAUCGAUUUGGAAGCAAUUGUUAUUCCACAUGGAGAGAUCAAAUUUGCUACAUUCUCUAUUCAUAAAGCAGAUAUUUCCUUGGCACAUCUGACUGAUCCCAACGGCCGGUCAAAAGAUAUGCAGAGUUCCUCCCCUAUCACAUUUGAUCGAGGCCUUACAUCACCUUUUUCUACUACUUCUCCAGAACAAUGCAAUCAACUUCCCACGAAUGUGCCACCAAAAUACGGCUUUCCAAUGAAUUCAAUCUCAUACGAGGGUAUUGCCACUACCAACAAAGCUGUCUCAUUACAAACGCAACCUGAAGUAGAAAGCGGCGAUCGGAAACAAGUUGGACAUACGUCGAUAUACGAAUAUCAGAAUGGAUUAACUCCUUCUUCCUCUUCGCCAGCUUUUCCUCUCUCGUUUGCCAGACCUAAUACAAGCCCGAAAAUGAAUUCAGCAAUGAUGAUGAAAAAGUGUUUAAUUUGCGGAACAUCAGAUAGUCCAGAAUGGAGAAAAGGAUAUGAUGGAAAGAAAAGCCUUUGUAAUGCUUGUGGAUUACGAUUUUCUAGGAAUAAUAGAAAACAAUACCAGCUCAUAUACGUGAUAGGAUAG